AUGGAUGAAGAAGCUGUCAAAUUCCAAAUCAAUUGCCUAAAUAAUCGAAGCUACAUUAAGAAGUCGGUAGCUAAAAUUCUUGCAUAUGUCGCCCUAUGGGAUGUGGUUUCCUCUCUUGCAUACGCCUCUGAUCCCAGUCCUCUUCAGGACUUCUGUGUUGCUGUCAAUGAUUCUAAAGCUGCUGUGUUUGUGAAUGGGAAUUUCUGCCAGGACCCAAAGAUGGCCACGGCUAAUGAUUUUUUCUUCCCCGGGCUCAACAUACUUGGUAACACGUCUAAUAAACUCGGGUUCAUGGUCACGCCUGUAACAGUUGUUCAAAUUGGCACCCUCUAUGUGGGAUUUGUUACUUCCAACCCAGACAAUCGUCUCAUAAGCAAGGUCCUAUGCCAAGGAGAUGUGUUUGUGUUCCCUAUUGGUCUCAUUCACUUCCAGCUAAAUGUUGGAAACACACCUGCAGUGGUUAUUGCCGCGCUGAGCAGUCAGAAUCUAGGAGUAAUCACUAUUGCAAAUGCAGUGUUCGGGUCAAAGCCACCUAUCUCUGUUGAUGUUCUCACCAAGGCCUUCCAGGUAAAUACGUUUUCCCGUCAUACUCCAUCUUUCUUCAAGUCCCCUAUGCCGUCCAACUAUGACAUCUUUUGUCGAUGUGGGAUUAAAAACACAGCCCUGAAUGACCACCAUCAGUUUUUGGCUCUUUUUGUGAACAACAGUUUGCAAGUUGUAAUUCAUGGGCACCUUAGUUUAUUCUGA